CCGUGUUUGGCUUAGUUGUUUCCAUCUUGACGUUGCCACAAUGCGGCGCUGGGGUUCUGUUCAGCUCAGCUCAGCUCAACUCAACUCGACCCAAACGGCUAGAAGUCAGAUCAGUUCUCGUCUGGCGAUUCCUCAAUUAGCAUCCAACUGUUUUGCUCUUUCCUGUGCGAGUGCGAGUGCGAUCGAAACUGACCUUUGUUGAGUAGCUGUUGUUCUGUAGCGAACAACCCCGGGAAAAACUGUUCAUCGAAAUUCAAUAUCCGGUUCCGAUGCUUGGGCGGUUGUAAACAAUAUUUCGAUACCAGUGGGAUCAGUUGACGUCGUGGUCCGAUCCGAAAGAAUAUUUAAUUGGCGUUGGAUUUCAAGUUCAAAUCGUGAGAACAAACCGACUCGACGAUAAAAGGAAGCUGCAAAUUCGACUAGCGUCCGGAGGGGGAUGACCAUGAAGCCGGUUGAUGAUGUUGAUGAUUUUGUGCUGGAAAAUAAUUUGACAACAUGAUGGAUCCGCUGCUGUACACGAAGAUAUUUUCCCUCCUGGCAGCCCUGUUACUGGUGCUAACCGUGGUCAUCGGUUGGAGUCAGGCUCGCGAAGAUGGUGAGUUCGAACCGAUCGAAGGAAUCUGCGAUCGGUGCGUUUGUGUGGUUCGUAACCAGAGCAACGCCCAGCAGCACGACUACUCGCUGUUGGAUUGUUCGACGAAGAAUUUGCAGCAUAUGUUGGUCAGUUGGCCGGAAGUUUUCGACGCUGAGCAGUCGGCUGGUCAGGAAAUUGUCUUCUCGCUCUCCGGUAACAGUAUCAAUGUGUUGCAGCAACUACCGGCCACCGAUGCCGAUUUGGUUUUCAGCUGUCGGCACUGUAAUCUAAGCGAACUGUCCAGUGGGGUCUUUCUGGAUGCUCCGAACGUAAUUCGGCUUGAUUUGAGCUGGAACCGACUCACCGGUGACGUUCUCCGGCCGGAUGUAUUUCGAGGUCGUUACGCCGAACAAGAGUACGAAUCGAUCGCUCUGGAUGAGCUGGAUUUGAGUUACAAUGUGAUCGAGUAUUUGGAUGAGUCACUGUUCGAGCACAUGGCUCAUCUGCGAAGGCUUUCGUUGGCUCACAAUCCGAUCGAGGAGAUUUCCGAAGGUACGGCGAUUGCGAUCGGAUCGAUAACGCAGUUGGAAUAUUUGGAUCUAUCCUACACCGAACUGGAUGAUAUUCCCGGUCGAGUCUUUCAGAAGAUCAGCAACCUAAGGGAAUUGCUGUUGCAGGGAAAUCGCUUCACGACCGUGCCCGAUUCGGUGGCACUUCUCAAACCUACGCUGAUUUCGUUGCAUGUCGGCAAUAAUCCGAUUCAGUUACUGAACGAUGAAAGUUUCUUUGAUUUGGAAAAACUGACCCAUUUGAAUAUCAGUACAAUGCCUCAACUUAAAGACGUCGACAUCGGAACGUUCAGUGGACUGAACUCGUUAGAGGUGCUCAUCUGUAGUCACAAUCCGCAGCUUGAUGCGUUCGAUUUAAGUGACUUGAAAGGAUUGCUACAUUUGCGACAGUUGGACAUCUCCUACAACGGUCUGGAAAAUCUUCACCUGGACGAACCGAUACCAGUACACAACGACAGCACCGAUAUUGCCCACAUCGAGGUGUUUCCGAAGUUGCGUUCGGUUCAGCUCGAGGGUAACCCGUGGCACUGCGAUUGUGAGCUGUACGAAAGCAUUCAGUCCCUGCAGCAUCUCCUGGAGGAUGAGUUCGAAUCAGAAGCUCGCUGUGAAACACCGAACGAUCUGACGGCUCUUCCGCUGACUGAACUGGAUGGUAAGUCCUUAUGCUCGACACCGCCGAAAAAGGUUCCGAAAAUGCCCAUCUACGAAGCGCCACCUUUCCUACGGCCUCGUUCGAUCGUGCUGACCGUUCUAUCGGUGGGGGUAGUGCUGCUGAUCGGGUUCAUCAUCGGUUUUGCGAUCGUUUGCAUCAAGCGCCGGUUGAAGGAAAGUGACUUCGGAUUCACUUCACCCGUCAGAUAUUCGACGGUGCGUAACAGCACGACAUCCAACAUUUUGCAGCAAGCUUAGGAAUUGGAGGUGUAACGGAAGUAAGUUUCUGUGCGAUCUAGUCUGAUUUUAUGGUUUAAGUUAGUUUUAAGAAAUAGAAGUAAAAAAAUAAACGAUUUGCUUACUGCAUGUUCA